GCGUAUGAUGGUGCCUCUUUCGUUAGAAGAGCGUUUAGCAAUGUGUUCUGCUGGCCAGUAAAGAAUUGCCUAUUCAAGGAAGGUCACUUUCAUGAUGGAUGCAUAGUUUUAUAUUCCUCUAUGAAGUGACAUGGCAAUAUAUACCUAUUUUCUUUCCUUAUUCUGUUUUCAUGCCUCAGAGUGUUCAGGUCAGGAAUACUCAUGAACUUUACUAUCUGAGGACCCAGAAAGCACAGCAGAAGAUGGAGCGAUCAGAGAAGAGGUCGAAGGACCGACUGUGUGUGUGCGUGGCCACCUGCAACAGAGCAGACUACUCUAAACUCGCACCCAUCAUGUUCGGCAUCAAGUCUCAACCUGACAUCUUUGACCUGGAGGUGGUAGUGCUGGGUUCACACCUCAUCGACGAUUACGGAAACACAUUUCGUAUGAUUGAACAGGAUGAAUUUGAUAUCGGCUCUAAGUUGCAUACCAUUGUUCGCGGUGAGGACGAGGCCGCGAUGGUGGAGUCUGUGGGUCUCGCGCUUGUGAAGCUUCCAGACGUGCUCCAGCGUCUCGCCCCUGACAUUCUGCUCGUUCACGGUGACCGUUUUGACGCUCUGGCCUUGGCGACGGCUGCGGCCCUAAUGAACAUUCGCAUUUUGCACCUGGAAGGUGGAGAAGUGAGUGGCACCAUUGACGAUUCAAUUCGUCACGCCAUCUCCAAACUAGCACACUACCACGCCGUCUGCACGCGCUCCGCAGAGAGACACCUCAUCUCCAUGUGUGAAGACCACUCUCGCAUUUUACUGGCAGGCUGCCCAUCAUACGACAAGCUGCUUUCUGCCCACCAACGAGAUGAUUAUACGGAUAUCAUCAAGGCAUGGCUUGGGGAUGAUGUGAAGGAACAGAACUAUAUUGUAGCUCUGCAGCAUCCUGUUACCACAGACAUCAAAAAUUCUAUUAAGAUCUAUGAGUUAAUGCUGGACGCCCUCAUCUCGUUCGACAAGAGAGCUCUCAUUCUUUUCCCGAACAUUGAUGCAGGCAGUAAGGAGAUGGUUCGCGUGAUGAGGCGGAAGGGAAUCGAGCAGCAUCCGAACUUCCGAGCGGUGAAGCAUGUUCCUUUCGAUCAGUUCAUCCAGCUGGUGGCACACGCCGGCUGCAUGAUCGGAAACAGCAGCUGUGGAGUUCGAGAGGCUGGAGCGUUCGGGACACCUGUCAUUAACCUCGGGACUCGCCAGACGGGCAGAGAAACUGGGGAAAAUGUUCUACAUGUGCGAGAUGCAGACACACAUAAUAAAAUAUACCAUGCCCUGGAGCUGCAAUUUGGAAAACGCUACCCCUGCUCCAAGAUCUACGGCGAUGGAAAUGCAGUCCAGCGCAUCUUGAAGUUCAUGCAGUCCAUUGACCUUUCCGAGCCACUACAGAAAAAGUUCUGUUUCCCAGCAGUGAAGGAAUGCAUCUCUCAAGAUAUCGACCACAUUUUAGAGACCCAGAGUGCUCUUGCUGUGGAUUUGGGGGGAACCAACCUGCGUGUUGCCAUCGUCAGUAUGAAGGUUUAUAACUAUCAAAGGGUCCAUAAUUCCAGUCAGAGUGAUGGAGAGGGCAAAGUGGUUAAGAAAUAUAUCCAGCUGAAUCCUAAGACGUUUGAGGAGAGGAUCGAGCUGAUACUGACCAUGUGCAAACAGGCCAUGGCUGACGCCGUUCACCUCAACUGCAGAAUCCUGGGAAUCGGUGUGAGCACAGGAGGCCGUGUGAAUCCACAAGAUGGGAUAGUCCUCCACUCCACUAAGCUAAUAAAAGAGUGGAGUUCGGUGGACAUCCGUACACCUCUUUCUAGCGCCCUUCAUCUCCCUGUGUGGGUUGAUAAUGAUGGCAACUGCGCCGCUCUCGCUGAGAGGAAGUUUGGUCAUGGGAAAGGCGUGGAGAACUUUGUUACCAUUAUCACUGGAACCGGAAUCGGAGGUGGUAUAAUCCAACAUAAUGAGCUGAUCCAUGGCAGCACGUUUUGCGCGGCAGAACUGGGACACAUUGUGGUCUCAUUGGAAGGACCAGAGUGCAUGUGUGGCAGCCACGGCUGUAUAGAGGCCUAUUCAUCAGGUCUCGCCCUGCAGAGAGAAGCCAAGAGACUCCAUGACGAGGACAUGCUAUUGGUGGAAGGAAUGACCGUGAACAACAAAGAACAGGUGAACGCUGUUCAUCUCAUCAGCGCUGCUCGCCUCGGCAACUCCAAAGCUGAGAGUGUUCUUCACACUGCGGGAACUGCCCUCGGUUUGGGCAUCGUGAACAUCCUGCACAUGGUCAACCCGUCUCUGGUGAUCCUGUCCGGUGUCUUGGCGGCGCACUACGAGAAUCCCGUACGUCAGGUGAUCAGCCAGCGCGCUCUCCCCUCCGCGCAGGGGACCAAGGUCAUGGUGUCUGAGCUCGAGGACCCCGCUCUGCUGGGAGCCGCCAGCAUGGUACUGGACUAUACUACUCGACGCACCUACUGAAAGAGCUCGAAGACCAGGAACCAAUCAGCUACAGACUUAAAGAACGAGGGCCAAUCAUGUGCUAUGUCCUUGUUAGGAUCAUAGUGGCUUCAAACAGACCUAAACAGAUUGUAGUUUAUACUAUUUACACAUAUAGGUGCUAUGUUAUUCGGGAUCAAUUGCCUAAUGAAAGAUUAUUUUUAAUUUGGGAAAAUGGUUAAAGUAUAUGAAGGAUGGUUUUAUUUAAUAUUUGUACAGUAUAACUAAGGGGUAUUUGUUACAGAGAGGCUGCUGUGGUCACCCAUUCUGUCUAUCUUGCUUUCUAUUGUUUGUGUUUUUUAUUGCAGGCAGUCGUGUUCUUCUUGCGCCUUAUGUUGUUCGUUGCCAAGCAUUUCUUUUGUUUACAGCACCAUGUCUCAUUGUAUUCGUUCACUCAGCCCGUAUGAAUGAAUGAAAAAUGUAUCUCCAGUAUGUCUACAGUAAUUUAAUAUUUAAUUUGAAUCGCAGAACUUGGUAGAAUUGUUUACCUAUUAUGUACAUUAAAAAUGAUUAAAACAAA